AUGAGAAAAUAUUCUAAUUUCAAGAUAUGUGGUGCUGAAUAAAUUUUUAUGAUAAAAAUACUUGAAAAAAAAGUAGAGUAAAAGGUUAUUUGUGAAAAGUUUAUUAAUGAGUUUGAAUAAGGAACAUUAGGAAAUUUGUUUUAAGCUAUUAAUUAUAGGCAACUAAGCAGUUGGAAAGACAUGUCUAUUGCUGAGAUAUUGGAAAAGUAAAUUUCCAAAUAGUAACAUAACCACAUAGGGUAUUGUAUAGAUUAUUAUAUAAAAAAACUUGAAAUUAAUAAAAAAAAGCUUAAAUUGUAUAUUUGGGAUACAGCUGGUUCGGAAAGAUUUAGAACCAUUACUUCAAAUUAUUUCAAAGCAGCUCAUGGUAUUUUAGUAGCCUAUUCAGUAGAAGACUAAGAAUCGUUUGAGAAAGUAGGAAGCUGGAUUUAAUGCAUAAAAGAAAAAUGCGAUAAUGCUAAUAUAUCUAUAUUAUUAGUUGGAAAUAAAUCUGAUUCAAAACAAAGAGUAGUUUCAUUAGAAUAGGGUGAAAAGCUUGCUGAGUAAUAUAAUAUUCCUUUUUAGGAAACUAGUGCUCUUGAUAAUAUUAAUGUGAGCGAAUCUUUUGAUUAACUUGCUAUAAUGUGCUUAGAUUAGUAUGAGAUAAAAAGUUCUACUAUUUCUCCUUAGUCUAAUAUUCCAAAGAAAAAAUAAGAAAAUGGAGAAACUAAAAAAAAUUGUUGUUGA